GUGAAACUCCGCGCCUGCGUAGAAUUUAGCUGAUGAAAGAUUGUGGCAAGGCCGGCGAACACGAAGAAUUUGACUCGUGAAUUUACUUGAUAAUAGGAGUCUCAAUCAUGUCUGGAGACGAGAUGAUAUUUGACCCUACAAUGACAAAGAAAAAAAAGAAAAAGAAGAAGCCUUUCAUGUUGGAUGAAGAGGCUGGGGAGCAGCAGAGUGAAGAGACACAGCCACAAGAGCCCAAAGAGGUGGAUCAUGAAACAGUAGAAGAGAAGGAGUUUGAUCUGGAUGAAGAUGACAGCAGGAAAAAAGAAGUGCCAGAUGAUCUGGAUGAUUUGAACUUUUUCAAUCAGAAAAAAAAGAAAAAGAAACCAAAAAAGAUAUUUGAAGAUGAUAUAGAGGAAGGUUUUAAGGAAUUGAAAAUAGAGGGAGACCAGUCUGAACCUCCUGAGGAAGAUGAUUUGGACUUGAUGCUUCCUACAAAAAAGAAGAAGAACCGAAAAGUGGCAUUUACAGAUGAAAGUGAAACAUUGGACAAAGAUGAAGUACCAGAAGAUGAAGACAGUAAAAACAAUGAUGGGAUUACAUUCAGUUCACAGACAGGACCAGCAUGGGCUGGAACAGAGAGGGACUACACCUAUGAUGAGCUACUUGCAAGGGUGUUUAAUAUCAUGAGAGAAAAAAAUCCCGACAUGGUUGCUGGUGAGAAAAGAAAGUUUGUUAUGAAACCCCCCCAGGUGGUCAGAGUGGGAACAAAGAAAACUUCAUUUGUCAACUUCACAGAUAUUUGCAAACUGUUACAUCGUCAGCCAAAACAUCUGCUGGCCUUUCUAUUGGCAGAGUUGGGUACAAGUGGCUCUAUUGAUGGCAACAACCAGCUUGUUAUCAAAGGAAGAUUCCAACAGAAACAGAUUGAAAAUGUCCUGAGGCGAUACAUAAAGGAGUAUGUGACUUGCCAUACCUGCCGAUCACCCGACACCAUUCUCCAGAAGGACACCCGCCUCUAUUUCCUGCAGUGUGAGACAUGCCACUCGCGCUGCUCAGUUGCCAGCAUCAAGACCGGUUUCCAGGCUGUCACAGGCAAGAGAGCGCAGCUCCGUGCCAAAGCGAACUAGUGCACUGGGCUGCUGGCAUCCUGGAAGGAGAGAACUGUGGCAGAAUUGGACUUGAUUUUUUUUUUUGUUAACAUAGCAGCCUUUGGGAUAAGAAAAUAAAAGGGAGUGAUCAUCCAAAAGGGUCUUGUAGUGUACAGUAAAUGUUAUACACAAGCAGGCCUUGCUAUUUAUUAUUGCUGCUUCAUUUGCCCUUUUGACUUGUGUGUAACUUAACUGUGUGUGUCCACAUGAUUUGAUUCUGGUUUAAAUUGGCUUCUCCUGUCUUAUCUGUUGGGAGUCAAAUAUCACCAUUGGAGUAGGGGUGCAGCUUAUGCUGGCAAGCUUGUUUUUAGUAAUAGUGAAGGUGUGAAAGUAUGGACUUGUGGAGCAUUCAGAAGGUAUGCAUAAAACAAUGAGAAAUACAGUACUUGGCACAUCACACAAAAUUACUGGUAUUCUCUUCUUGGGGGAAACGGCACUGAUGCUAUCUGAGCUGAUUGUACUGAUUAGCAUGGGGCCAAAAAUGUGCUUUACAGUGGUUUAUAGGAUUGGGCCACCGGGGUUUAAUGAAGCUCAUUUGAACAAACACUACCAAGAACAGCAACUACAGAGCCAGUUAGGCCACAAACAUAUCAAUUUAUUUAAAGAUGGUUCAAAGAGAAGUUGCAGCCUAGAAAGUGCAAACUGGAAAUGCACACCAGUAGUUAAAAGUAAGAAAUGUGUGUCUGUAGAAGAUCAUUGUAUAUAAAUAAAACAUGGCAUCAAACAGGGUAACACUUCUGAGACUGAAAUGCACUCCUAAAGUUUGCCAUCCCGUGGCUAGAAGGUGCACCAGACUUCCACAAAUCAGUAAGUAUUGUCCUGGAAAGCAGCAGUAUGGUUGGAGUCCAGUGGUUCAUCAAGGUCUCAUUCGGUCAGUGGUUUUCCUGGAGGUGCUCCACCUCAUACUCAAGCACAGCAUCAGUUCUGCAGCCAACCAAUCCCUUCUUCUGUAGUAACAAUCGAUGGUUUCAGCAGUAUUGUAACCUGUAUAGGAAAACAGUAUAUGAGAAAUUAUUAGUGGGUGCCAAGUUCAGAAGACACAAGCAGAUGAGCUAGGACUUCUGCUGCCCAGUUCAGGACUUUGUUUACUCAAGAAGGUGUUCUUUAGAAUAAUCAGGAAACCUUGUGAUAUUAGAUUAGCAAAUUGCAUUUGUGUUGUAAACUAGCUAGUCACCUUUAUGGAUUGCCAGAGGUAAGGCCAGUCCUAGCUCGGGCUGCCAGUUAAUUAAACACAUCUGGAUUACGAGUCGUAUUAAUUGCUUGGACCAAACCCCUCCACAGACACUGCCCUGGAGGUUUUGAUGGUGAUUUUUUUCCUUCUCUCUUACUCCUGUGCUAUGAGAGUAUGCCGUGCUUAAGAGUAAAUUACAGUACUAUCUACAGACCCAGCUUAAACAGCACAAUGUGAUCACUCCGUGUGUGCCCACCUUGAAUUUUCUCUAAGGAGACAGAUGAGAUGUUUAAUGUAGAAGGGGACAAAGGCUGUUGCACUUCUCCAUUUUAAUUAGAAUACCUUUGGUGAUUAAUUUUUUUUUUUUCUUAAUGGACAAUUUUUAUUUUAGCGGUUUUUACUAACCAAGACUUAAUGCAAAGUUGCAUAUGAAAAACCACAGCAGAAGUCCAUUAUG